AUGGCUGGUGCUAUAAAGGGAGUGCGGGUGUUCCCAGUUGUGCCUGUAGACGCAUCACUCUAUCCUGGGUCUAUUAUCAUCCUCCCCUGGGGAUCUCCGAACGGGGUUCAGGGGAUUCUGCAGUAUUUCAGGUUGAUUGAGGGCUGUUUGCCGCUCAUAGAACGUGAGGAAAAGACAAACCGCGCCGGCCAGCCGUACCGGUGGGUGCUGCGCACACGGCUGGAUGGUUAUUGGUCGGCGCCGGCGCCCCCGCUUUCGUCUUUUAUUGGCUGGGCGGGAAAGGGGGCGGAGAGGAGGGAAGGGGGAGCAGGAGGAGGAGUAGCAGAGGGGAAAGAGGGCGAAAGCAUGGGGGAGAGGGCGGCAUACGUUGUCCCAUAUGGGUCGAACUGGGGCGGCGUGAAUGACCGGUUUGGAUUUGGGAGGAGGGAGGAGAGUGUGGUGGCGCUGUCACGACUGGCAAUGCUGGAUGAAGUCAACAGAUACAGGCAGCGGAUUGGCGUCAAACGGCAGAUGAACAGCGAGAUCACCUUCAAGCUGCAGCUCAAGUCGCGGGACAUAUCAGUGCAGCCUGCCACCCUGCCCUUCUGUGUGCUCUCCCGGAGGGCCUUCCCUGACGCCUGCAGCAGCAUCACCGUCUCCAUCAACGCGUCUGUGCCUCUGAACGGAGCCAAGUGCCAGCCCUGCCACCCCUGCGCUGAGGGGAAAGAGGUAGAAGCCAUUCUGAAUGCCACGUCACCAUCAUCUGACAAGUGGUUGGGUCCCGUCCAAUCAGGAGUCGCCUUCUGUCCGGGUGGGAAGGGGAAAGGGAAGGGGCGGUCGAGCACGGAUGGAUCGUGGCCGUCGGAUUGGGAGGAGAUUUUCCGACGAACGGUGGGAGAUGAGCUGGCAGCGAGGCAGAGAAGGAUCAGAAGGAGAGUGGGGGAAAUUGACACAUGCACUCGGUUCCUGGAAAAGAUGAGAGCGACUGUAUCCAACUGGGACGCCCCCUCGCCUCUCGCCCUCUGCGUCCGCUCUGCUCUCGGUGCUCCCACUGUGCUCGGCGUCCCACACGACUCCUUCCCACUCUUCUCCCCUCUGCUCUCCCCCACAAGUCGCAUCCUUCACUUAAAAUACACGGCGCUGCAAGCAGGAUCGGCGACAGGGAAAGCCGGAGCAGGCGGAGCAGCGGGAGCAGCGGGAGGAGCAGAGGGGGGAGCGGAGGGAGAGCAAGCACAGGAAGGGCAAUCGUGGGAGGAAGCAGUGGAGAGGGCACAGCGGGGGGUGCGGGUGACCAGAGCGUCGUUUGCUGAUAUGCAAUUGGCUGCCGACCGGAACGAGAUUGUUCCUGUAUUGAAGGUCACUACGGCACUCACAGGGGGAACCAGAGGCCUUAGGAGUACCACCUUGUGCAAAGCUGCUGAUUGGUUGGGGGGGUAA